AUGAAGUUGACGCGUUUUCUGCGUGUAAACGUCCACUCAGAUGCUCUUUCAAGAACAGCGGUAGGAAACCGAAUAAUUCAAGCAUCCUUUCAACUUCAUCCAUCCUUUGACGUCCAAUAUGAGUUAGGUUCAAGAGAAUUUACACUUUAUUCGAAUAAUAUUAACGAUGCGUCCGUGUUGGUUCAUUGUAUAGUUGGUAGUUGUUCGUUGCGAUCUUUGGAAGGAGGUUGUAAAAAAGGCAGUGCGAAGAAAAAAUUGCUUCCCAAAACGAGAUGUCAGAAUCAGUCACUAAAUGUUCCACCUGUAGAGUUUAGUGCGCUUGUGAAUGUGACGGGGUCAGGAAUUACAGUUGAAGCUUCCUGCAGUUCUAUGCUUGGUUUGCUUUUGAUUGAUGGCGUGAGACUUCAUGAUGGUUCUAUUAGCGAAUCCUUGGUACCCAGAGAAGGGCGUGCGGUUGGUGAAAUGUUGUAUCAAGGACCAUGGUUAAAUCAAAGAGUUUUAUCAGAAUCAGCAAUUGGCGUGAAAAGUAAUGUUGGCGCAUUAGACCCCUGGAGGCAGGAACAAGCCUUUUUUUUCGACAGACAUGUACGGCCCUGGGUUUCGCGUUUCCUGCGUUUUGGCCACUCUCCUGUUCAUACGGUAAAACCUGACUUUGCGGAUGUGCUUUCCCGUUUUCUUGAGUGUUUUCAUGUCGAUGAUGAUCUUGCAUACUUUGUGGAGCACUUUGCUCAUGAGGUGCAAAGAAGAGAAAGAGAUAUGUGGACUAGACUUGUGAAGGGUAUUAUUAGGUGA